AUGGAGUCGGAGGACUUCCAACCAUGGAGCAGCUCUGCUCGCUCAAGCUACUCUGAGCACCGCCACCCCGGCGACUACUACCUGCCUAACGGAGCCCUGUCGCCUGCAGCCCCGGCCGAAAGCCCAGAUGCUGGCGAGCCGGACGACUUCUACCGCCAGGGUCUCUACCUCCCCUCGACAACCUAUACUCGUCAACCAGAUAAUACCGUCGGCGACGGCGCCAUGGCGACGGUCAGCUCACGCCCGAAGCUGCCGCAUCGGGCCAGUGACGCAAAGUCACCUCCGCCCGCCAUGCACAACAACAACCCUCGCCAGAACAUGCGCUCCAUCUCUGGCCCGGCAUCCUCGCUGCCCGUCUCCAACGGGCUAGUAUCCACAAACUCAUCUCGUCCGCCCGUCAAAAACCUCGUGAAUAAAUUCAACACCGCACACCCGUCCGACCCCGUCACCGGCAAGCUGCGCAAGCCUGCAGCCGCCUCCCGAUCAGGAGCGAGACAUGCGAGCUCGCCCGUCAUUCCGAAAACCGACGAUCAUUCGCGAUCUCAACACGAUGGCCGAACAUACAAAGAUCCACGCAAGACAGGCAACGGCGCCAACGGUACGACGGGAUCGCGAAAUACCUCGAGGCGCGAAAAGACCUCGAUGAUACCAGAGCACGAUGUCCCCAAGGCAUCCCAGUCGGUGAGCAGUCUUCAUUCGGAUCACGGUGGCUCUCGUCGGCGACUGCUGUUUGGCGAGGUACCAAACGGCAACGGUCUAUAUGGGGCUGGGUUUGGAAUCGAGGCCACUGUGCACACCGAUGCUGGCAUGCAGAAACCCAUGUUUUUGCGCUCGCGAAGCCACACGGCUUCGGGAAGUGCGCCCCUCUAUGCCGAGCCAUUCAACGUCCGGACGGUGCCCGCGCGCCCUUCUUCUGCGCAAGGCCACAGCAGGUCGCGGAGCGACAUGACGGGCGGCCCUCUUUCGCCUCUGACGCGUGAUCUCAUGAACCGAAUUGACCCUUUCUAUGAGCAGAUUUCUUCCGUAACUGGUUCUAAUCGGUCACCCCAACAGUCGCGGAUUCCCCGGGCAGUCCCAAGAAGGCGUACAUCUGCGGCAUCCGACUACGCGCCAGCAUCGCGUUCGAGGGCGAGCUCAGCGAUGGGUGAUCGGAAAUUCCAGCCGACAUCUUCGGGUGCUGAACGAAGCGAAGGCAAGGAGAAUGCCUCUAGAUCUCGGCCCGCGACUCCUCCAGGACAACUUCCGGCAAGAAGCUACAUUGUCAGCCCUAAUAAACGCCAAGGCGAGAGUCCAAAAUUGCCAGUCCAAGUGAAGGUUCCCCCUCCGAUGACCUCACCAGUGCUUCGCAGCUCUCGCCCGCGUCAACCCGUUUCCGCCGCUUCCACUUCUACAACUAAAACAAAGCUCGACGAGCGCUUAGCGCAUGCGGCAGAAUCAGGCGGAUCAAUUGCGGAGCGAAUGUCGAGCAGAAGCGUUUCUUAUUCGUCACGGCCUAAGAAGGACCUGGGAUUCUCGCAAACAAGCAUUGCCGCAAGAAGAGCACAGAUUGAGAGGUCUCUCCGUGAUAAAGGAAUAAAACGCCCUAGUCAACGGAGUGUCUCUGGAUCAAGCGCAAUGGCGGAUUCUCGCAGUGUGAGCCCUUCCUCGGUUGUGCGCGAAAAGCAAUCGAGGCAGUUGCAGGAGUCCGCGCCAAUCAAAGAAGCUGUUAGACGUGCGCCCAGUCGCACUCAUUCGUCUCGCAGCCGCAAAUUGUCUUUGGAGGUGAAGGAUCUUCCUCGAGCUGACAACCGGACGCCGAUGACCGCGGGUACCGAUUUCGAAAUGGAUGAAUCUCCAAUCCUAGGUUCAAGCUCUCGGAACUACGAUAGCCAGGCGGACGCCUCGCCGAAGCAUGAAUCGUUCAGAGAUUCUAAGUUGGGCGAUAUUUCCACCCCUGAAGCCGGAACGUCGGGCCCGGUCGGCGAACGAAAUAAACAAACCCCCAACGACAAGAACAUUCUAGACUCGGUCAAGAAAUUGAGGGAGAGGGGGAGCUCCAAUGUUUCUCGGAGCGAGCUUGCAGAAUGUCUGGAGGGGUUGGACGAUCAAGGAUCGAUUCCCAUCAUGCUUCGGGGCACGCCCACUUUGGAACAAGCGCAACGGGAGUGGACCGCUCAAAACCAUAUACCUCAAGACCAGGGUGUGCGCUGGAGCGCCCAUUCUUUCGAAUCUUCCAGCCAAGGCAUCAAGUUCGUCGACGACGAAGAGCAUCAACGGCAAUUCGACCAUUACGAUCCCCACUCCGCUAUUGCACCAGAGGACGCUGUGGGCAUUGGCCAUCAGCACCGCGAUCCGCGCCUCGGCGAUUGGACACCGACAAUUUAUUUCACGCCGGCCGAUGCCCGCCAAACUCUCAGUAGCGACGCGUGCAGCACCAUUCAGAAAAUCCUUGACUGCUACUACAAUUCUGAGGCAAUCUCGCCCGAAAUGGCCCACGGAUUUCAGCAACAGGUGCAGACGGUCUCUCCCAACUUGGCGCGGUAUGAUGAUGUUUGGAGCUCAAAGGCCAAGACUGAACAGUAUCUGGAAAACCUUCUCAAGGGCGGGCAAAAUGGCGCUUCUGUGUCUCCAGAAGAAACUCCGAAGCAGCAGAAGAAAAGCUGGACGGGUUGUCUUGACGAUUACGAGCAGGACCUCGCCCCAGAAGGAGAGUACAGCGGGAUGGCAAUCAUAUAUGGUCAGCCUGAGAUAUACGGAAAGUCCAGGCCAUCGAGUUUGUCGAGUGAUGACCGACCACUGCCUCCACCCAAAGAUUGGGAUUACUCAUCCAGGGCCCCUACGUCACUAAACUCACAGAACAACACAGCGCCGGCAACACCUUUGGAGCCUAUUUCACGACUGACAAGUCCUUUCCAACCCCAUUUGCCGGAGCUGGCAGCCACCGGCGAAGGUCUUGGAUUGUCCGUGCAAUCUGACGUCCCCCGCAGCGACCCUUCCACUCGUACACAAGAUGACGCCCCAGAAAUUCCGCCUUUGGCACAACUCGUCAACGAACCGGAUGCAACAUCCGGUUUAAUGAAUUCUCCGCCCUCGCCGAGUGUCUACAGCCGCAACCCUGCUUCCAGCGCAUUCCCCUCUGCACCUUCACGUGCCGGUACCAUUCGUUCGAGAUCUUCUAGAGAAGGUGCAGGAAUGAGCCAUAGCAUGAGCCGCAGCGCUAGUCGAAGCGCCACUCCCCAUCAUUCAGCAUCUCAAUCGAUCGGUUCCAAGUCACAAGAGGGGCUACCUCAGGAGACGGAAGAACUUGAUGAGCAGACACUGAAGCGCCUCACCAAGCGGAGACAUAUCGUCAAAGAAUUACUCGAAACCGAACUUUCAUAUUUCCAAGACAUGAAGGUCGUCGAGGAUAUCUAUAAGGCCACCUCCGUUUCCAUUGAGGCGGUUACCGAUGAGGACCGAAAGUUGCUUUUUGGCAACAGCGGCGACAUUGUUGCAUUCUCGUUGAGCUUCAUUGACUCCCUCAAGCCUGCCGCUGAGGGUAUAUUCCGCCUCAAGGACACUGGUCGUUGGAGUUCCCGGACCCAUCGGAAUAGUAUAUCCACAACUCACAGCGCUGCGCCUGGUGACAGCAUGCAGGAACCACCUAGCGAUCGAUCUGACAGAACUACCAAAAUUGGUGCAGCUUUUCUCGAGCAACUUCCUAACAUGGAACGGGUAUAUAGCGUUUACGUCCAGAACCACGAGGCGGCUAACAAACGCUUGGUGGAGAUCCAGCAGAACAAGCAAGUUCAGGUGUGGCUCAAGGAGUGCCACAACUACGCCGGCGACAUCACGACCGCCUGGAACCUUGAUGCACUGAUCGUUAAGCCAACUCAACGCUUUCUCAAGUAUAGCAUGCUUUUGGAUCAGAUGAUUGGCUGCACUCCGGACGACCACCCUGAUCGCAGCAACCUCAGCGCAGCUUCCGAGGGUAUCAAGGCUCUUGCCGCCCGCAUUGACGAGGCCAAGGGCCGGAAAGAGCUAGUUGAGAAGAUCGUUACGCGUAAGCGGAAAGAAUCUGACGGUCUUCUUCCUUCCGGACUUAGCAAGGCCUUCGCGCGUCGUGGCGAGAAACUGAAGCAAGUUGCCGGACUGUCUGAACAGGUCGAAGACUCUGAGUACGACGCAAUCUCUCAAAAAUUCGGCGGUCACUUCUUCCAGCUGCAGAUCGUCAUGCGCGAUGUGGAGAAGUAUCUAGAUGACGUCCACAAAAUGGUGGAACAGAACUCUAACCUCGCACGUGAAUUUGUCGAAUGGGCUUCCAACGUCGACCCAGAUUCUCCGCCAGAGAUCACUAGCAAGUGGCUCAGGUAUAGCCUGACGUUGAAGGAGAUGACGGCGACCUGUCUGACAGAACAUAAGACACAAGUUCGUAAAACUGUCAUUCAGCCAAUCAUGGCCCUUUGGGAGUUACACGGCAAGCCACAGAAGCUCAUGCAGAAGCGGAAGAAGCGUCUUCCUGAAUAUGCUCGCUACAAGCUCGCAAAGGAGAACGGUACCAAGCCAGACAAGAAACUCGAAGAAACUGGCCAAGAAUUCAUUGCCAUCAAUGAGGUCCUGAAGGAUGAACUGCCGAAACUAUAUGGCAAAACAAAAAUUCUGAUCGAAGCAUGCCAGAAAAAUCUUAUCCACUCGCAGCGUGUCUGGUAUGAGAGCUGGCACAAGAAAUUCCAGCAUACUAUUGAGGAGGUCCAAAAGGACAGACGACUGCGUGACGGUCAUUCGGACAUUGUGGACAUGUUCAACAGCGACUUCAGGCACGUUCUCAUGGAAAUGGAUAGGAUCGGAUCCGCUCUGCGCAAUGUCAAGGACAUGGCCGCUUUCUCUCCAGCCACGACUUUCAUCAUGGACGACAGUUCUAUGAAGCGACCGGGAACUUUUGCGAGCUCCAAACGGUCUCAGUCUAUCCACAGCGACCAGUCCGCGGUAAUCAGCUCGCCCGAGAUGAGCCAGAGUCAACGCACCAGCGGCAAUUACACUCAUCUGCCUGAGCUUGCCAGCACGCCGCUGAUAAUGGACACGGUGCCGCCGCUUUCACCGGGCCACCCGUCUCCUAAUGGCAUGGGACGCAUGCGUGCAGGUUCAAAUCUGUCAAGCCGCGGUCCUACCACUCCUCAGUCGGUUGCUAAUCAAGGUCCUGGUGCGAGUUAUUUCCCUCAGCGACCAUCCACUUCUGCCGGCCGGGGUAUCGAGUCGGCGGCUGCUUCCAUGACACGUCUGAGCCUCGACAACUACAAUGAGCACGGUCGCCAAUCAGGACAGUCAUCGUUCACUGCACAAUCGAACCAAACGCGGACAUCAUCAAUAUUCAAUUCCGCUAUGCCGAUGAAUAUGGCUGAGUCACCUACGGACACUCGCGAUCAGCGCGAUGAUACCUCUUCUGAGACUGACGAAAAAGAGAGCGAGGUGCUGUUCCUGGCAGCUAGCCUUUUUGAGUUCAACAUUGCCCAUGACCGCCGAGAGGCUGGAUUCCCAUAUUUGGUUUAUGUACCAGGAGAGAUAUUCGAUGUCAUCGGCCAGAAGGGCGAACUCUGGCUUGCGCGCAACCAAGAUGAUCCUUCGCGCACCGUCGGAUGGAUCUGGGAGAAACACUUUGCCCGGAUUCUCCAAGAAUAA